AUGUCUGCUCCAUUCGAGGAUAUGGACCCGGCCGGCCCUUCGCCAGAAGACCGCGUCAAUGCGAUGCGCGGCUACAAAGCCACUCUCAACAACCCCCGUGUCUCGGACGACGCCAAAAACAAUGCAAAAGACGUGCUAGACAACCAGCUGGGCGGUGACCAGCCGAGACAGGAUCUUGCUAUGCAUACACCUUGUGAGCUUGCGCAUGCUGACCUGACAUUCUCCCUCUCGAACAGCGCGACCAAGAACCCCCGUGUCUCCGAAGACGCCAAGAAUCGGGCUCAGGAGAAAUUGGGUCAGCUGAGCAAUGCCAUUGCUGAACAGAGUCAGCAGGAGCAGCCGAUGUCUGGACGUUGUAUACUAUCUUCCGGUGCAGGUUUGCCUAGAGUGCAGUUGAUCGAUACAAAGUUGGAAGUAGAGGACUAG